AUGGCUCGUGCUUCCAGCUUCAAUGAACAUUUCACACUCUCCUUUUCUUCUGCCGCUCCAGCCUUCAACAACACACGCCGGGCCGGAGACGAAACAGUCACCGAAUCCAAGCCAGAGACCAAAACGGACUCCCCCCGAUGCAUACAAAGGCUUGCAGAGAAAACCAAAAAGGCCAUUGAGGCUGUACGUCGCCUCGGCCUCUAUUACAAGAACCACCUCAACCAGCUCGUGGCCAGCAAUAUCCCGUCAGACCAUCACCACCACGACGCUAUCGAUGCCGGCUCGACUUCUUCAUACGGCGAUGAAAUGGCCUCCGAAGAGGAACUCAUGCAACAAGUCAAACGCCAUCAUCUCGACUACGUGUUCUACAUUGGUCCCAACAAUUCGCCCGUCACCACCAGCAGCGGCAUCACUCCCAUUCACGAGGAGGAGGAGCAAGACAACGAAUUGCGCUGCCCCGACAUAUCCACAGUAUGGGCUGAGGCUUAUGCUGUGAGCGAAAGCGACUCAUACAUUGAACGAAUCGAGCAAAAUACCUCGGAUCAGCUUUACUCUCUAGGCGCGGAUUACGAGCCGGAGAAAGAACUGCUUGAGAAUCACAUCGUUGACGGUACAUUUGUGCAGGGCUUAAGAUAUGCUCGCAAGUAUCACCAAUAA